GCUAUCUAGACCGCGAGAAUUCUUCUAGUCGUUGCCAGCGACCAGACAGCUCCCAAUUGCGCAUUCCCAUUUUCAGGCAGGGCUGCUAAGUGUGUUUUUAUAUAUCCUUUACCAAGUUUGCACCCGUGUCCUCCAACUUCUCUUAGCUGGGACGCUCCCAACGAAGCUUCCAGUCCGGCGACAAAGGACUUGACUCUUUCAAACAUGUAUAAUCCAUACCAAGGUUCCCAUCUCUAUGGGCGACCGCCAGAGUUCAGCGGCUUUCCGCCUCCGGGCAUGGGUGCUCCACCCGGUAUGUCUGCCCCUGGAACCGCUCCUCCUCCGGGGAUGCAGCAGGCAAAUACACAGCAGCCUGGACGCCCAGCUGGCUUCCCAGCCAACUUUCAGCCUCCCCCCAACAUGCCGAAUAUCAACUUCUCCGCUCCCGUCAUUCGAUUGGGCACAUCGGGGCCUGCCAAAACGUCCACACCCGAGAAUGCAAUGCUAGGUGCAGAGUCAGGUCGUCGGGCAGGUCUAGGGUCUAGGAAUGUCGAGUCGCAGCGGCAAAAUAUCCGUGAUGCGAUGAUGCAGCUACAGCCGCCUACUAAAGAAGAGAUACUGAGGACGAUAUUCGUGGGUGGGAUUACAGAGGGAACUGGUGGCGAUGAUGGAGUUGAGAGAAUCUUACGCUGUGCAGGCAAUUUGAAGCGCUGGAUACGUGCGACUGACGCGGAUGAUAAGCCUUGCAAGUUUGGUUUUGCAGAGUUCGAAGAUCCGGAUAGUUUGAGCAUUGCGUUGGAGGUUCUCAAAGAUGUGGAGGUUCCUGUGAAGCGACAAAUGCCACGUAAAGCAGAUGAAAAAGAGGAUUCUGAAGUCGACAAGUCCACGCUCCUGAUUGUAUUUGACGAGGGUACUGUCAAAUAUAUCGAACAAUACGAAUCAUCUAAAACCGAAGAACAAGAUUCCGAACAACAACCGCGCAUCGAGUCCGCCCGUCAAAAUUUAGCCUCCGUUUUGUCCGAUCUUACGCAUCCUGCUGUUCCUCCACAAGCCGAAGAGGCGUCAGCCGUUGAUCGUGACGGUGAUAUAACCAUGCGAGAAGGGGAAGGCAAAGAUGGGUCAGCUGAAGUCGUCACUAUUCCCAUCACCGCCGAAGAUGAACUAUCAGACAUUCCAGCAGAAAUGCGGGAGAGCGUUGCCAAAGAAAUCGCAGCAUUUCGCGAGAGAAGCAAUCGCCGGGAUCUCGAGCGUCUACGUCGCGAAGAAGAAAUCGAAUCGAUGGAACGUGCGAGAAAUGCCGGAGGGCGCAUCAAUAGAUUGGCUUCCCCGCCACUUUCGGCACCCAGCGGUCCUGCUGGGGGAGCGAACGGCGUACCUCUUGGCCCGCGUGACCGUUCUAUCGCCAACGCACCUUCUGGCCCUAAGGGCUUUGGUGUGCAAAUUCCAAAGGAUUACCAGAAGGGUGUCUCUUUUGUGAAUGGGAACGGGGUCGGCUUUGACGGUGAGGAUGAAGGUACAGAUGCUAGUGACGAAGAACUUGAGCGCCGGAGACAAAGCAAGAAGAAUGGCGAGCUAGAAAAACAAUACCUAGAUCAAGAGCGAAGAUGGUUGAAUCGUGAACGCAGCCGUACCGCGGCUGUUGAGCGAGAGAGAAACCGCGACAAAGACGAAGAGGCUAAGCUCCAAGAAGCUAAGGAAGCAAUGGCAAAAUUCCUCAGUGAAUGGAACGACGAUAUUGAGAGCGGCCGGAAAGCAGAGGAUUACUACGCCGACCAUGGAGCCUGGGUUCGAAGUCGAACAAGCAUCCGUGGCAGGGAAAUCAAAGCUGACGAAGCGGAUCGCGCAGCUGAGGAGCGUGAAAAGACUAGAUCUGCCCAGCAACGCGAACAAGCGCGCGGUAUGGCUGACGACUUCCUGGCUCGUCAAGCCCAGGAACUGGAGACGAGAAAUCAGGCACCAAGAGAACCACAACGUUUCAAGCUUUCACUUGGCGCAGCUGCUCAACAGAAAGCUCAAGCCGCCACUUCCCGUCGUACUGUUGCUGAAGUUGAAGGGCUGCUAGAGGAUGAAGAGGAAGUGGACACCACAACCAAGCGGACACUCGUCCCCAUCAAAUUCGAUUCUGCUGCGGAAGCCUCCGGACUCACAGACGAGGAACGAGCGCAAGCCGCAAGACAGCUGGCAGCAGAGAUCCCCACCAGCAAAGAAGGACUCUGGAAAUGGGAGGUCAAAUGGGAGUUUGUCGAUGAGUCCGUGCUGGGAGACCAGCUCAAGCCGUUUGUGGAGAAGAAAAUCAUGGAGUACUUGGGUGUGCAAGAGCAGAUGUUGGUUGACGUGGUCGAGGAGCAUCUUCGCAGGCAUGGUCCUCCUCAGGAGCUGGUGGAGCAGUUGGCUGAGGCUCUUGACGAGGAGGCAGAGGUGUUGGUUAAGAAGCUCUGGCGAAUGAUUAUUUUCUUCUCGGAAAGCGAGAAGCGUGGUCUGUCUGGAUAGAUAGUAGUUAAGAGACCCAUUAUGUAUUCAUUGACCCGCGGGCUAUUCUGCAUGACUUGAUAAUGAGCACCGAGUAAUAAUCUCUCUAUUACUAUCCCUCUAUUCCUAUAAUCUCCCUAUUCU